CUUGUGUUUUCAGUGACUGGAGCCGAGUACGAGGCCAUGCUCACAGAGAUCAUGUCGAUGGGUUACGAAAGGGAGAGAGUGGUGGCUGCACUACGGGCCAGUUUCAACAACCCCCAUAGAGCUGUGGAGUACCUUCUCACUGGUAUCCCCAGCAGCCCGGUCCAGGAGAGUAAUCCCCCAGCGCAGGCCCCCGCGUCUGGACCCACAGAAGCCCCAUCUCUAGCAGAGGGAGAGAACCCACUGGCAUUCCUGCGGACCCAGCCCCAGUUUCUGCACAUGAGAACGGCCAUCCAGCAGAACCCCACUCUGCUACCAGCUCUACUCCAGCAACUAGGUCGAGAGAACCCUCAACUUCUACAGCAAAUCAGUCAACAUCAGGAGCUGUUCAUCCAGAUGUUGAACGAGCCAGUGGGAGAGGGGGGAGAGGGGGGAGAGGCGCCAGAAGUUGGAGAGUUGGGGGCAGCAGGGGAGGAGGGCGCACCUGUUAACUAUAUCCAGGUUACACCUCAGGAGAAGGAAGCCAUCGAAAGGUUAAAAGCGUUGGGUUUCCCCGAGGCUCUGGUGAUCCAGGCCUACUUCGCCUGCGAGAAGAACGAGAACCUGGCCGCCAACUUUCUCCUCAACCAGGGGCUGGAAGAUGACUGAGCGGCGCUGCCUUCCUGCUCCUCCCUCCUACCCUUCCCCUCUUCAGCUCAGCAUAAAAAAAAGACUGCACCCCCAAUUUUAUUGUACAGCUACCAACCUCGGCUCAGGAGGGGAGGAGAGGGGAGAGCCAGCAGGGGGGUGCGGGUGGGGGGGUGGGAAGGGGCGUGGCGGCAGCAGGGUCACACGCUUAAAAGUACACAAAGAGGUCGGGGAGUAAACGUGUGGAGGAAUGACAAAACCCAUGUGAAUUCCAAUGGAAUGUGUGGGCUGUGUCUUGGGGAGAUCUAUAAUUUGAUUUUAGACAUGCGCUUUGUGACAUAAGGGAGGGGGGUGGGGGGGUUGCGACAAGGGGGGGUGUGUGUGU